GGGCGCUCAAGCCACUGCUACGCCCUAAGCCGUGGGAGCUAAUAUAUGAUUCUGCCUGCGAUGGUAUGUGCCUCAGCGCGCUUUAUGCAAAUGCCGGCGCUGCCAAAAGUAGCCAGGCUCAACUUAUAGUCUGUCGUGAUGACCAUGGACAUGUCGCUGGAGCGUUCCUCGACGAGCCCAUCCGCAACGUCGGUAAUUACUUUGGCACAGGUGAAUGUUUUGUCUUCACUGUUGCUGGAAAGAGCGGACCGGCGGCGGCCGAGGCUGACGUCUUGCCUGAUCCGGACAUGGCCAUCUACCGUUGGGUGGGCCCGACUGAAUCUAUUCCCGCAAGCGCUCUUGCCUCGACGCGUGGAGAUCUAAUAUCCGAGCCACGACCUUUCGUUAACGAUAUGUUUGUGUACACAACUCACGAAGUUCUCGGAUUUGGCUCGGGUGGUGGCGGCUUCGCAUUGCGACUUGAUGAGGCCAUCGAAAGAGCUGAAGAAGAGUGCAUAAGAAAAGAUGACUCCAGUGCAGCGAGACAAAUUCGGCGAGAGAACCUGCCUGAGCUCUACACUUCCGCGAUGGAAUUUGUCCGCAGCGUCUUGGAGAGAAGGCGAAUCGGCCCCAUUCACGGUCGUGUUCUGAAGCAUACUGCCCUAGCGUACUACCCUCAGCUAGUUUUGCGCUCCAGGACUCGGACUCGGGGCCCGCGCGAGUGAAGCUCGUGAUAUGCGAGGUUCGGCUGUCCAGGGUGCCAAAGUUGCACCCCACGUAGCGGCGCGCACGCCGUGGUACUGCACCUGUUCAGGUUCAUACUCAUGCUCGUGCGCGGAGAGCGAGGGCGGUAAAAGGGGCUGCAGGUUCAUACUCAUGCUCGUGCGCGGAGAGCGAGGGCGGUAAAAGGGGCUGCUGUCCAUUCUCGGCGAGCACACUGGAACUUACGACCCACGAGGUUAUCCCAAAUGGGAUGUCAGGAUGAUAGAUAAAAACUGAAUUACAUAUU